UAUAAGACAUAAAAUAUAAAGACCUACGUUUGAAUCCCAGUCCUGUUGCAGGCUCUGCUGUGUGACCUUGACCAACUCCCUUCAGUUUUCCAGAGCUUCAGUAUCACCUGUGAAUCAGGAAGACUGUUAAGCACUUGGUGGCAUGUGCCUAGCACUGAGCUGGGGGCUGAGGAUAUAAGUGCAAAAAAUGAAACAUUCUAAUGGGGGAAGACAGCAAGUAACAGAAAUGUGAUGAGGUUGUCCUGGGCGAUACCCAUGUCCCUUCUAGCCCUGAAAGCCUGUGAAUCUUUAAAGUGCAAGUGGUGGUGGUGAUGAGGACACAUUUAGGAGCUAGAAGGAACCUGUCCUGAGGGCUGUUAGCCCCCCAACUUGGCUGUUUACUUACUACCUAUGGGACAUUUGCCAAAUCAAUUCCCCUCUCCAGGCCUGUUUCCUCCUUUGUAAAAUGAAGCAGUUGAGCUAAAAGAAUUUUAAGGUCUAUUCCUGUUUUAAGUCCCAGAGGGAUGGGAUGUAUUACCCAAGAUCACACAUCGAGUUGGUCCAGGCUACUGUCUCGUUGGGGUCUGCAUGGCUUCCCCAAGGCUAGUGUGAAGGCACGCAGCUCCCAGGGCAUGGAGACAGGAAGUGCCGGUGCCAGGAGGAAGGAGAAAGGCACAGAGAGACCACCCCCGUGCACUGGAGCACUUUGCCAAAGGCUACCCCUGGGUUGCCUUGUUCCCAGCUCAGGCAUCUAGCCAAAGGCUCCUGCUGAUCGCAGCCUUUGUGGGGCUGGGGAAAGAAGCCUGGGCUGAGCCCUGGCUCUGUCACUUAUUAGCUGAGUGACCUUGGGCACACGGCUUCACUUCUCUGGGCUUCUUCUUCCUCUUUUAUAUAAUGGCCACGGAUCCAACUAAGCUGAAGUGAAGGGUUGAGAUCUUGGUGUCCGAGGAUCAGUGGAAAGAAUUGGGGAUGUUUAGCUAGGAGAAAAGAAGGCUUGAGAUGGACAUGAGAGUGGGCUGCAGGUAUCUGAAGGAUUAUCGUGUUGAAUUCUCUAAGCAUUUAUUCAGCACCUACUAUAUACACUAGUAGGCUCUGUCUUUUCACGUCAUUGGUAUCACCAAUACAAUAAACUGUCCUUGGGACACUUACAUUCUCCUGGGGGAUACAACAGGUAAACAGGUAAGAAAAUUUAAGGAGGGAGAGACCUUUAAUAGCUCAACUUCUCUUGUUUGUCACCCAAAGGCUGUACAGGGGCCAGACACUGAAGUUGCAAGGAGGCAGUUGAAGCUUGGAUGUCACGAGCUUGAAGUUUUCCAAAAGGGAAGUAGGCUGCCUGGGAAGGGAGUGGCUUCCUGUUCAUCCCAGGUCUGCCUGAGGCUGGAUAGCUUGUUAUAAGAGAUACUGCAGAGGACAUACCUGUUCAGGUGUGGGUUAGACUCUAGGGCCCGUUCCUGUGAUUCUGUAGUGACCUCCCUGUCCCUGGAAGUAUGCAAGCAGAGACUGGAUGACUUCUUUUCUGGGGAUGCUGUAGACGCUGUGCCUGCACUGGUGAGAGGUUGGACAGAUUGACCUCUAAGGAUGAAGAUGAGACGUCAUAAACUCUUUCUGACUCUGUGUAUGGCUGGCCUCUGCCUCAUCUCCUUCCUACACUUCCUUAAAGCCUUGUCCUAUGUCACCUUCCCCCGGGAACUGGCCUCCCUCAGCCCCAACCUGGUAGCCAACUUCCUGUGGAACAAUGCCCCUAUCACACCUGAAGCCAGCCCGGAGCCUGGGGGAGCCACGGGCCCUGAGCUGCUCCGAACUCCACUCUAUUCUCACUCACCCCUGCUCCAGCCCCUGCCCCCGAUGGGGGCCACUGAGGAACUCCAUCGGCUGGAAUUUGUGCUGCCUGAGGACAAAGCAGAGUAUUUUGUCCGCACCAAAGCUGGCGGGGUCUGCUUCAAGCCAGGUACCAAGAUGUUGGAGAAGCCCACAGUGGGACAGCCAGAGGAGACACUUGAGGCUGGAGACAGCUCUGUCUCUGGGGGCACAGCCCGCCGCCCACUGACAAUCGGAAACUGGCUGGCUUCGGGGAAAUCCAAGGGGAUGAAACGUCGGAAGUGGGUGGAAUGUGUGUGUCAGCCCGGCUGGCACGGGCCAAGCUGUGGGGUGCCCACCGUGGUGCAGUACUCAAACCUGCCCACCAAGGAGCGCCUGGUGCCCCGGGAGACGCCACGACGGGUCAUCAACGCCAUCAAUGUCAACCACGAGUUUGACCUGCUGGACGUGCGAUUCCAUGAGUUGGGGGAUGUGGUCGAUGCCUUUGUGGUCUGUGAGUCCAACUUCACUGCCUAUGGAGAACCUCGGCCACUCAAGUUCCGAGAGAUGCUUCGGAACGGUAGCUUCGAGUACAUCCGCCACAAGGUUCUCUAUGUCUUCUUGGACCACUUUCCACCAGGGGGCCGCCAAGACGGAUGGAUCGCCGAUGACUAUCUGCGGACCUUCCUGACCCAGGAUGGCAUAUCCCGCCUACGCAACCUUCGCCCAGAUGACGUCUUCAUCAUCGAUGACGCGGAUGAGAUUCCUGCCCGGGACGGUGUCCUCUUCCUUAAGCUCUACGAUGGCUGGACCGAGCCCUUCGCUUUCCACAUGCGCAAAUCACUCUAUGGUUUCUUUUGGAAGCAACCUGGCACCUUGGAAGUGGUGUCGGGCUGCACAAUAGACAUGCUGUUGACCGUCUAUGGCACAGAUGGGAUCCUCCUGAGAAGACGACAGUACUACACCAUGCCGGGCUUCCGUCAGUACGAGAACCGCACGGGCCACAUCCUCGUCCAGUGGUCCUUGGGCAGCCCGCUCCACUUUGCAGGCUGGCACUGCUCCUGGUGUUUCACCCCUGAGGGCAUCUACUUCAAGAUGGUGUCAGCCCAGAACGGUGACUUCCCCCGCUGGGGUGACUAUGAAGACAAGCGGGACCUUAACUACAUAAGGGAGCUGAUCCGUACAGGUGGCUGGUUUGAUGGCACUAGGCAGGUGUACCCUCCCGCUGACCCCAGCGAACACAUGUAUGCCCCCAAGUACCUGCUGAGAAACUACCCAAGAUUCCACUACCUGCUGGACAAUCCCUACCGUCAAGCUGAGGGGACUGUGGGUGCAAAGGAUAGCAUGAAGGGCAUCGAUGGUGGUGGAGCUGGGCCUGAAGGAGUCGCAGCCAGGGCAGCACAGGCAGGGGAGAUCUGAUGACAUCACAAGGCUCCAUGAUUUUCACUGGGGGGAGGUCCAGGGAAGGGAAGGGGGAGAGGGCAUUAGGAUGGUGCAGUUGGCUUCUGAGGCUAAUUGCUCUCCUCCUCUCUCCCUUCUCCAAGAGGGAGCCCCGCAUGAUCAGAACUUAGGAAGAGGGGCAGGGGGUGAGGGGACCUUAGACCUCAGGAUGUCCCCAGUACUAACCCCAGGUGAGCCCACAGAUCUUCUUCUUGGAGUCUAUGCCCUUGGGUAUCUUUUCAUUUCUUUCUCUGUCUUGCACAUAGAGCUUUUUCCCAGGGGAUGGAGGGAAGUCAAUUUUUCUGUUUGCAGCUCCAUGCCCUCAUCCUCCAACCACAUUUUGUGGCCAUGGCAAGGCAGGUAUAGGGACCAGCAGGGAGAGAAGGGGCUGGAUACAGGGUGAUGGAUAGGCAGGAAGGGAGCGUAGGGUAUGCAUGUGGACAGCUGACCUGGAAUGGCUUUUUACACCCACAAUGAAUCACCCAUCAAGACAGAUGUCUAGAAAGUAUGAGUGGCCAGCCCUUGGUUCCCCCUGGGAAACCAGCUUUGGGCUGUGGUCAAUAAGAGGAAGGAGAAGAAAAGACCAGAUGCUCUAGAAAUACAGUGGGGACCAGGGAAGGGAGGGAAACUUGGGAUAGGGGUAUGAAAAGGGAGUAGGGGUGGGGGGUGGCAGAGAUGUAUAAUUCCACUAGAAAUUAACAGAGGGAGAGAAGAGCUCUAGUCCAGUGACCACUCCACAGAUCAUCCCACUCUAUAUUCCAAAGGAGCAGUGGGCAGGGUUAUAUGGAACUGUAGAGGAGAGGAGACAGAGCUCAGGGCUCAUUGCUCAUCCCUAGAGCCUGUUGGAGAGAUCUUGGGAAGCCCCCAUCUCCUGAACCUCAGCCCUAUUGUGCCCUUUUAGCCUUACUUAUUCAGUGGUCCACUUUGGGAUGGGCAGAUGGAGUGACCCUUAGGAAAUCAGGGGAUCCUAUCACCCAUCUGUUUCUUGGAGAACUGCAUAGGGUCAGGUAGGAACUGGGAGCAGGGUGUUGGGGUGGAUGCUGCGAGAUCCCCCUUUCCCUUAACCUGGGGAGGGCCAAAUAGAAACACUAUCCUACAUACAGCAGGGCCCUGUCUCUCCUGCCGAUCCCCCAACAUCAGAGCCUUCUCUGAGAGAGUGGACAAUGGGAAUCUGCUUCCCUCACUUUCCAUCACCCUCUCCCCAUCCCAUCCAACCCUGUUGCUUGUAAACACUUUCUGGUCUUUUUUUUUUUUUUUAAACCAGAAAUUAGGACUAUUCCAGUCCCUCAGCUCUGUGCAGUCUGGCCAGUCUCUUCUCUGGAGCUCCAUUUCCUCAUCUGCUAAAUGAGGGGUUGGACAAAUCCCUUCCAGCUCUAGCAUGCCAUGUCUGACAUCCUAAAUAUUAGUUGGAGGGUGGGCCUUGCCAUACCUGUCUUGGACUCCUGAAGGGUGGUCAUCUGGAAGACAGAUUUUACUUAUGCUGGCUUGGUCCCAGGGGCCAGUGAAGGGAAGUGGCCAAGAGGCAGGUUUAGGCUUCCCAGAUUGAGAAUGGAAAGGGACAUUCAAGACUGUCUUGUCCAGGACUGUCCUGGACUCCGUGGGCUGUCAAUCUGAUGAAGCCAAUGGACCCUUCUCAGAAUCAUGUUCUUCAAUGCAUAAAAUAAAAUACAUAGGAUUGCAAAGGAAGUGAAUUAUAUGGAAAUGCUAUUACCAAAAGAUUUUGUUUAAGUUCAUGGACCCCAAGUUUAAGAACCAAUCCAACCGUUCUCAUUGUAUAGAUGAAAAAAAUUGGGACCCAGAUACCUUGAGUAACCUUCCAAGGUAGCCCAGGAAGCUAGUAGCAGAACUGAGAGCUGCUGCCUCUAGAUGCCAUGCUCUGUCCACUGUAGCCCCAGACUUCGAAAUUAGAACUAGCCCAGAAUGGAAUGGGCUGCCCCUCACAUUGCCUCCAUCUCCCAGCAAAAGCCACUAUGUUGGGAGAGAGAUUCUUCGUUAGCUGUGGUGGCCAAUGAUCUCGCUGACCACUGAAGUUCCAUAAGAUUCAGAACUUGGGUGAUUCAAUGCUUCCCUCUCAUCCCUUGAGGACCCCAUUCAUCCUGUUCUUUCCAUACCGCCCCCCACCCUAGUUCUCCCUUCUAAAUCCUCUUGGGGAUCCCCAAAGUUCAUUCUCUGUCCUUCAGAUGUACAGUGUGGGGGAUAGAGCGGAACAAAGUGCCUCUUAAGGGUGUUGGAUUUCUAACCCCCAGUGGGUGGGUGGGGAAUGAGGGCAGAAGCCAGGCAGGAGGCUCCAGGCUGGGAAGAGGGAAGAAUGAAACCUUUCCAAUCAUCCAGACUCCUUUCAUUCCAGGCAAGCCCAACCUCCAACCCAAGCUUUCCAGCUGGGGCUAAAUCACUCUCUCUGUUGGGGGAGAGCCUGGGAAAGUGUCUUCUCUAUUCCUGAGAUAAAAACCAGCCUUUCUCCUCCCUAACCUCGCACCACCCCCAUCUCACCCCCACUCCAAUCGAGUUUGUGUUUGUACGUAUGAGUAGAUGGCAAUGUGAGCACACCAGCUCUGCUCCUAGUAAGCCUUCCAUGAAUGUGUCUGAAUAUGCAUGUGUGUUUACUUGUGUGUGUAUAGGACCCUAAAUUUAGGGCUGGAAAAGACCUCACUCGCCAUGGAGUCCAUGCCCCUAAUUUUGUAGAGGAGGAGGAAACACCCACAUCUCAAUCUGCUGUUGGGUGUGCCAGGCACAUCGUCUUCAUUUUACAGAUGAGGAAACUGAGGCAGCUAGUGGUUUAGCGACUUGUCCACGGUCCACAGUAUGUGAGUUAGGAUUUGAACCUGGGUCUUCCUGACAUCAGCUCUGGCACACUCUCCAAUCACUGUGCUCAGCCCGGCUAUCGUCACGUGUCAGUGGGUGUGCAUAGGAGAGCGUGUGUAUGUGUCUCUCUCUAGGCUGGUCUAGUAGACAGGGCCUUGGUCUGGGAGUCAGAGACCCAGAGUCUAGGCCAAGCUCCGUCGUCCUGGGGUCCCCUGGGACAAGUCUCUUUCUGGGCCUGUCUCUUCUUCCGUCAAACACAAGGGUCAGAUGCAGAUCGAUCCAUCAACUCUCACCUGUGCCAGGUGCGAGAGAUCCAAAAGGGCUUUCCCUCACCAAGCUUACAUUCUAUAGAUUCUGUACAAACAUAAACAUUCUAUAGAAAAAGGUCCCUGAGGCUGGGGCGUCCUGGGAGAGAGAAUGAGCAGCGGGUUUUUGUCCCAAACUUUCUCGUGGGUCUCUAUCACGUUGUUCCUUCAGGUCAUGGCCUCUCUCCCUCCCCCACAUCCGUUGUAAACUCCUUCUCCCGGUGUCUUCUCUCCCCCAGCACUCAUCAGUGUACAGUGCAGAGUCUCAUGGACUUGAAGCCAGGCUUAGAAUCCUCACGUGGGGGCAAACCACCUCCCCUCUCUCUGCCUCAGUUUCCUCCCCUGUAAAGGAGGGGUCUGGUCCCUUCCAGCCCCAGAUCUAGGAUCCUGCUGUUCCCUUCUGCUCAUUUGUCCUGUGCCCCUCCCUUCCUUUACCAUUCUCUGCCCAGCUCCCCAGCCUUCAGCUGAGACUUGGCUUUUGGCCUCAUGCCCCCUCCUGGGAGAGCAGCAUGGUAAGAAGUGGGAAGACCCUGGAUUGGGAGUCAGAGGGCCUGGGUCGAAUCUUCGCUUUACCACUUCUAACCUCUGUGUCCGGGCAAGUCACUGAGCCUCUCUGGGACUCAGUGUAUAAUUUUCUGUAAAAUGAGAGUUGGAAUGGCCACCCUAGAAGGGCCCUUCCAACUCAAAAUCUAUCACCCCAUGGCAGCGGGGGUUGGAGGAGCUGGGUCCAGUCCUACAAUCAUUACCCCUGCCUCCCACUUACCCCUUUACUUUACCCCCACCCCAGGCUGCUGGGGGUGGGGUGUAGGAAGGUCUUGUAUGCUACUGUCAUUCCUACUGGGAAAGCUCCUGAUGGAACCUCGACCCUGGCCUCUUGAAUCUGAGCCCUGAGUCCACUUACUACGGAAGAAAGGGCGAGGGUAGGGGUAGAGGGGGAUUUGAAUUCUCUGUUACCCCCCUCCCCCAGGGUGUGGCUAGCUUCCAUCCCCGAGAAGGGGCUGCUUCUCAUUUAGAUAAGUAAAGUCAGCCAAGCUGCUUGAAAAGCAAGUAAGCAUCUCUGCUUGGUGGACUCUGGGGAUCCCUAGACAAUGGAGAAAGUCUGCCCUCCAGGAGUUCUCAUUCAAACUUUCAUCUCCUAUUUGAGGGGAUUAGGCUAGGUGACCUGCCUCCAACAUCUUUUCCUGCUCUAAAUCCCAUGAUUUCAGGCUCAUGUGCAAAGUAGGCCUUGGGGAACGGUGCACCCAUCCUGGCAUGAGUCUGGCUCCCUCCCAAUUUUAGAGCCCCGUUCCCCUUCUUUGGGUUACUCCCAACAUACACCCCCAGCUGCUACCACGCCCACCCUCCUGGGGGAUUGGAGCUGCCCUGGUGAGGGAUCCUGGUUUUAAAAUACACUAGUUGGAGGAGCUCUCCCUGCCCCCUGGGUUUCUGUUCAGAGCUCCCCACCCCCACCUCCCCUCCUAGAGAUGGGGACUCUGAGGGGAGAGAGGACACUGGAGGUGGAGAGUGGGGGAGAUGGACAGUCACCUGCAAUACGCACACACUGAGGACUGGGAAGAGAAUUCCUUCUCCCUACCCCCAAACAAUCUGAAGGGAAGUCACACUGUUGAAUUAAAGCCACUGGGCCCUCCCCAUUCCCCAGUGACUUGGUCAAUCCCCUCCUGUCCUCCUGAGGGGACAGAGUGCAAGGGACCCCUGGAGUGGCGGGAGGAGGAGAGGGAGCUGAGCCCUGGAAACUGUAAUUUAAGGACACCAAUAAUAAUGAUGAUGAUGGUAAUAAUAGUAAUAUUUUUUUUUGUAAGGACGAAUCCAAAUGUACACUCUGAAAUCAUUUUCUCUGUAAAUGGUUGGAUUUCAUUUCACCCUUAAAGGGAUGUUUAAAGGAGAAGAUAAUAUUAAUAAUAAAAAAACCAGAGCUACAAA